AUGAGUGAUGAAUUAGGACAGGAAGACGUGGAAGAUGUGGAGAUUAAUAAUCUCCGCACGGCCGAAAAUUUAGGAUAUGACAAUGUAAAGUAUCGCGAUCAUCCGGGUAGUAAUGGAAAUAACAGCACGAUUGCUGAUGAAGAAGAUGAUCAUGCAAUUUUUGAUAUUGGCGAUGAUCCAGAUGGCGAAGAUUAUUUCGAUCAAAGACACAGUGUUGAUGCUGAAAAUACUCACCGGAAUAGUGGGCAAGAUUUUCCAAGAAUGAGUGAAGACGAGGAAGGAUUACGUCUUCAGCAGGAAAUUAAUAAAUUAAAUUAA